AUGGCAAUCAACUUCAAACUCUCAUUCAUCCUCUCACUAGUUCUUCUGGUCUCUGCAUUGGCCUUCUCAACUGCGGCCGAAGCCGAGGGCUCAAAGGCCCCGAAGAAAAAUAUCAACGUGGUGGUAGAAGGCAUGGUAUAUUGUCAGAGUUGCAAGCAAAUAGGGUCAUGGAAGGUGUCGCAUAACAACCCUAUAUACGACGCUUCUGUCAGCGUCUUCUGCAGAGGCGACGAUAAUGGAGGCGUCAAUUAUUACAAAACGUUCAAUACAAAUACGGAGGGGUAUUUUUAUGCUGAAUUGAAAGGAUUCAAGAUUAGUGAGGACAGUCUAGACGUGCCGAUUAAUUCGUGUUAUGUCAGAGUUGUUUCGUCGCCUAAUGUCUAUUGCAACUAUCCGACAAAUGUGGAUUAUGGAUUUAGUGGUCUGGGAAGCCCUCUAAAGUACGAAAACAAGACCAUUUCCUACAAAGAUCGCUACAAGGCUGUGGUUUAUGCUGCUGGUCCUUUGGCUUUUCGUCCCGUGGAUUGUUCUCCUUUCGCCAAAAAACCCUAA